CGCUCUUCUAAACUGGUUCCUUUAAGACUUGUGCUCGCAGACUCGGAUUGAAGCUCGUGUAGGGUUCGCCUGAUGGUAAACUUAACCUUCGUUGAUGUCGCUCUCGUGGGAUGCGCGGUUUGUUUAGCCAUCUUCAGUAUUCGGCGCCCUUACUCCCAGUCAACUCGUCUCCUUCCUCCCGGUCCUCCCUCUGGCUGGUUGGGCAGCGUCACCCUUCCUAAGACGUUCCAAUGGCUGACCUAUGCCCAAUGGAAAGCAAUAUAUGGUGACAUAAUAUACCUUCGUGUCUUUGGAAAUCCUAUCAUGGUCAUCAAUUCUUUUGAAGUUGCCGAAGAACUCUUAGAAAAACGCAGUAGUAUAUACUCCUCCAGACCGACACGAACUAUGGUCGUGGAGCUAAUGGGUUGGGAUUGGCUGUUCUCUUCUAUGCCAUAUGGUCAGCGGUGGCGAGACCAUAGGAUGCUAUUCCAUCAACACUUUCGCCCAAACGUGAUCUCUCAAUAUCAUCCCAUUAUUCUCGAAGAAACUCAUGUUAUUCUACGGAAUUUGCUCAAACGUCCCGACGACUUCGCUCGCCAUAUUCGAAGGACUGCUGCGGCUAUUAUUAUGCGGAUAUCUUACGGUCACGAGAUUUCUGACCAGGGAGAUAUAUAUGUUACUCUGGCGGACGAGGCCAUGCAGGGCCUUGCUAAAGCAGGGAUCUUUGGAACUUUUUUGGUUGAUUAUUUGCCUUUGUUGAAAUAUGUACCUUCUUUCCUCCCGGGCGCUAGCUUCAAAAAGGAAGCAGCGAAGUGGCGUAAAGCCACUCGGGCCAUGAUUGAUCGACCGUUCCAAAUGGUCAAGGACUGCAUAGGAGAGGGGAAUGCCAAGCCAAGUUUUACCUCGAGGGAACUCGAAAGUUGGCAUCAGGCCGGUGGCAAUCCUGCACAGGAGACGCUGAUUAAGAACGUUGCCGGAAUAUCUUAUGCUGCUGGUGCAGACACUGUAGGCCGCUUUUUUAAACAAUCAGAUCGCGCUCUAACAUCUGAGCAUGCACAGACGGCUCAAGCACAGAAGGCAGUCGAUCAGGUCCUCGGUGGAAAGCGCCUGCCCACCUUUAACGACAAGGACGACCUUACCUGCGUGACUAACCUUGUAUGGGAAGCACUUCGUUGGAACCCGGUCCUUCCUUUGGGUUUGGCUCAUUACGCAACCGAGGACGACGAGUACAAUGGCUACUGGAUACCCAAAGGAACAUCGGUCCUUCCCAAUGUCUGGGCAAUAUUGCACGAUGAAGUGUCUUACCCGGAUCCAAUGAUAUUCAAUCCAGAUCGUUUCUUAGAGGCAAAUCAAAAGAAGGGGGCUAACAGGUCACCCCAGAUUGCUUUUGGUUUUGGAAGACGAAUUUGCCCUGGACGAUGGAUGGCUCUCGAUUCCGUAUGGCUUGCCAUCGCGUCGAUUUUAUGCGUUUACGACAUACAGAGAGUCCUCGAUGAUAAUGGACAGCCCGUGAUCCCAGAAACAGCUUACACUUCAGCAUUGCUCAGUCGCCCGUUGCCCUUUCAAUGUCGUUUCGUGCCUCGUUCCGAGGCCGCCAUAAAGCUUAUUCAAGACUCGAACCUUGCGUUCUGAUGGUUCUCUCGUGGAUACAAGUCAAUGUGGAUGGGUGUCAAUUUAUUGAUAGAUCUACUAAACAGUCGUGGAGAAUGCCAUCUAUCAUUUUGUGCUACCAAACGCCCAACACUUCUCCUUGACCGCCAUUGUCUGAUACUUUUUUGAGAAUAUGAUAACGUAACUCGUCCCACCAGGAUGCGUUUGAUGCUUCCGCCCUUCUCUUAGAAACUUCGAUGAAGUAGAUAUCGUGAAAUGGCUCUGAGGAAAGGGCAGGCCGUCGGUCCAUGCGUAAAAUGGGCAGAUCUAUUGAGUGCAACCAUGGUGCAAUGCUCGUUGGGUAUUUGACACCACUCGCCGCAAUUUUGGGGGAGUCCGUUAUGCGAAGUAAAGCAUAGCGGUCAUUGCUUGGCGCUGAACAUAUUGGCAGGGCAAUCUCGGCGCCACGAGAAAGUACAAAGAAACGAGUGAAGUUUGUUUUUAUGUCUUGUGCACCUUCGCAAAGUAGCAUGAGGCCUUCAAACAUGGUGACAACAACCUUAGAGCAGAUGGCAGCACAUUUGUUGCUAUCUCUUCCAUCUAUUCGCUGACCCAAAAGUAGUCGAGCUGCAGCAGCUGUCGACUCGGUUGGAAUCAAGGAUGCAUUGGGAAGCUUUUCUGAGAGGAAAUUUUUACACUGUCCCAGUGCCUGUUCAUGGCUCAACACGCAUUCGAUGUCAUCCAGCUUCACUCCGGUUCUAACAACUAGGCAAUGGUUGAUGGGGAUCACAAUCUGUCCUCGGACGUAGUUUUCUCUUCCCAACGUUUCUGAACGCAGGGCGUUGUAGCUUUCAACCACGGCGCCGUGGAUGGUGUUCUCUGAUGGCAGGACGGCGAAGUGGACUGACGACGACAGUGCAUUGUAAACGUCGGUGAUGUUCUUUCUCUCGACAUAUUCGACGUCUUCUCCAAACCGUUCGUGUGCAGCCUGAUGAGUAUAAGUGCCCAAAGGCCCAAGGAAUGCCAAUCGCGCUUUGCUACUGUUCAUCAACUGGACCAUCAUAAGAAACUGGGUCUUGGUUCACAAUCAAUGUUUGGGAAAGUCUGGUGUCCAUUGCAUGCGCUG